GCUGUCUAUUCCUUGGCUCCGCACAACCUGGGUGAAAUCCUCUUCACCAAGCGUUUUGGUCCCAAUGCCAUCUCUGUAAGUUUGUCCCCGAUGGGCCGGUAUGUGAUGGUUGGCCUGGCCUCACGCAGAAUCCUGCUGCAUCCUUCCACAGAACACAUGGUGGCUCAGGUCUUCCGGCUGCAAAAACCACACGGAGGAGAGACGUCUAUGAGGCGUGUCUUUAACGUGCUGUACCCGAUGCCAGCUGACCAAAGGCGACACGUCAGCAUCAACUCAGCUCGGUGGCUGCCUGAGCCUGGACUGGGAUUAGCAUAUGGUACCAAUAAGGGAGACCUGGUGAUCUGCCGACCAGAGGCAUUUGACAAUGUAUGUGACCAGUUUUGGGAGCAAAUGAAUGAGGCUAUUCUACAGCAUAGCACUACUCGGAGCAGCGAGAGACCUGGGACCAGCCGGGCCACGUGGCGUUCAGAUCGCGAUUUGGGUCUGAUGAAUGCUAUUGGUCUCCAGCCGCGCAAUCCUAGCACCUCGGUGACAUCCCAGGGCACUCAGACCCCCGCCCCUCAGUUGCAGAAUGCAGAGACUCAGACAGAACGGGAGGUACCAGAGACUCGACCUGCUGUCUCAGAAGGCUCUAGUGCCGAGCAAGCAGCACAACCUGGCAGCUCCACCAGUGAGGUGGGAAAUAGAGUGGAGUCACAAGAAGGGAAUGUGGAGUCUACGGAGAACCCCGGAUCAGGCGAGGGACAGGAGGACGCUCUGAGCAGAAUCCAGCGACUUAUGGCAGAAGGAGGGAUGACCGCAGUGGUUCAGAGGGAGCAGAGCACAACCAUGGCAUCGAUGGGGGGAUUCGGCAACAACAUCAUCGUGAGCCACCGAAUCCACCGCAGCUCCCAGACGGCAACAGAUUCUGCCUCGCGCGCCUCCACCCCGCACUCUGCACAACCCUCCACAUCUAGAGAGACCGUAGCAGAACUGGAAAGGCGCCUUUCUCCACUUCAGCCAAGCCGUUCCAUACUGCCAGAGCCAGUGCCGUUGACCAAUAACAACGGUGACCUUAAUGCGCGGCCUCCGAACAGCGGCAACUUUCCAGGCGUGGAGAGGUAG